AUGUCUAUCGGAGUUGCUAUCAUUGGCAGUGGCAUCUUUGCCCGGGAAGAACACUUGCCCGUAGCCCGCGCCUCGCCCGAUUUCGCGCUCAAGGCAAUUUAUUCCCGCUCUCUUCAGUCAGCACAGAACCUCGCCUCUGGAGUCGAGGGAGUAGAUCUAUACUCGGAGGAUGCCGGCACCGGCAGAAGCUACGCGGACCUCCUAGCUCGGGAGGACGUGCAAGCUGUCAUCAUCGCCUUGCCGAUUCUCGCCCAGCCUGAGUACAUCAAGCAGGCUCUUACCGCCGGGAAACAUGUCCUGUCCGAGAAGCCCAUUGCCAAGGACCUGGCCACCGCCCAGGAGCUGUUGCAGUGGUACACUGUCAACAUCGACACCAGCAAGACUCUCUGGGCCGUCGCAGAGAACUACCGCUACCUGGCCAAGUUCAUCCGGACCGCCGAGGAGGUCCGCAGAUUGGGCGGAGUGAAGAACUUCCGCGUGAGCGUGCGCAGUCUGAUCAAGACGGACUUCAAGUACUACAAGACGGAGUGGCGUCGGACCCCAGCUCACCAGGGCGGGUUCGUCCUUGACGGCGGCAUCCAUCUCGUCGCGGGACUGCGGCUGAUUCUCGGAGAGCAGGAGGCGCUGGCCUCGGUGUCCGCGCAGUCGAGUCUCCUGCAGGAGUAUCUGGCUCCCGUGGACACCGUGGAUGCCGUGGCGCAGACGAAGUCCGGAGCAUCGGGCGCCAUCACCAUGUCGUAUGGCUCGGCAUUCAACGACUUUGUAUUUGAGUUCGACUGCGCGCAAGGUGCGGUGACGCUGAACGGCGACCGGGUCACGGUCAAGGGAGAGGGCUUCGAGGUGCCCUUUGAGGGCCGGGGAGUGAACCACGAGGUGGCUGGGUUUGCGGCAUCGAUUCGGACCGGUGUGGUGCAGGCCUUGUUGCGGCCGGAACAGGCGCUGGCGGAUUUGGAGGUGAUGGAGGGGAUUUUCACGAGCCAUGGGACGCGGGUUGACCUACGACUGCAAUAG